AUGGAGUCUGAGGCUUCAGGAUCGCCCAAAUGCGCGCUUUGCGACAGGCCGUUGUCAGCAGACCAAGUGGGACGGGCAAAAUGCGGCCACGAAUUCCACAAAGAUUGUAUUGACAAUCUCAUCAAGGCCAAGGGCAGUUGUCCUGGUUGCAAAUCCAAGGGAGAAGGUGCCAAGCCGAAAGCUCCAUCCAGUUCUAAUGAGAAACAGCCAACUAGUGGCACUGAAGCUGAGGUGAUCGCCAAUAUUGUUGCGCAGCAAUUAAAGGCAAUGCAGAAUGACCUAUUAACUUAG